AUGUGCGCGGCCAGAGCUGGCAAGGCUCAUGAACAGAUCUAUCUCAACCACCAACUCAAGAUCAAGUCUCCCAUCAGCAACAAGCGACUGCUGCUCAACAGACCCAACGUACACAUGCUCGAGCCCAGUCUCCACGAGUCUGGCUGGGACGUGUUCAUGCUCAAAUACAAGACCGAACACCCCCUUGACCUCACCCUUUCCGUAGCUGCUAUGGAGAACUACCUCCGGAUGUCCAGAGUUCUCUUGAAGACAAACCGGCUCAAACAAUCUCUUGACCGCGCCUGA